GCGCGCCAGGAAGCGUCCGAUCUAUCCAACUCUUUCAGUCAAACUAUCGGCAAAGAGCGGCUAGAGGUAAUGUAGUCGUAUGCUCGCUAUGAAAUGUGUUGUUUUAAAAGAUGUAGGUAUAUUUAAGAAGGUCCGUCGGCGGGGUUAAAGUAAGACGGGUGCAAGAGCCAAACAAAGGACGAUUGUUUUGGGUGUGCUUGUUGAGCGCAGCCACUGUAACAGGAUGGACUCUGAGAUUUUGAACAUAGAAGAGAUAGUGAUGGGUCGGGGAUUGCCGGACCCACCUCCGGAAGUUCCCCCCGAAAAACCAGCGGCGCCAUGCAAGCCCGUCAUUCGGAAUGGACCUCCUGCAGCCUCCGUUCAGCCCUACCAGCAUGAAAAUCUGCAGUGUUUCCAGUGCUUCAUCACCUUCUGCAGCGCCAAAGCCAAGGAAAGGCAUAUGAAGAAGAGCCACCGGGAAGAGUACAAGCAACAGCUUCAGCAGGGAAACACGUUGUUCACGUGCUAUGUGUGUGACCGAUCAUUCCUGUCUUCUGAGGAACUGACACAGCACCAGCCAACACACAGCAAGGACGACAAGCCCUUUAAAUGUGUGCACUGCAAGGAGAGCUUUAAAACAUUCUCUGAACUAACAGCCCACAGGAGACAGGUGUGUCCAGAGAAACAGAUGGUAUGUAAAGAUUGCAAUGAAACCUUCCGGAGCGCUGGACUGUUGCGUAAUCAUCGCCUGACCCAGCAUCUCCGCCCGGACGUGGACACCGCAGAACAGCCGGAGGACUCAAAAACCCACCGCUGUAAGAAGUGUGGUCAGGGCUUUGAAACGGAACCCGAGCUGAUAGAACACCAGGAGAAGUACCCCGAAGGCCAGCAAUGCAACGGCAGUGCUUCAUCCGUCAAGAAACGUGGCCGGCCUGCCAAAGUGGAAGACUCCGCAGCUGCUGAGAAAAAGGGAAAGCGGAAAAAGAAAGAUGAGGCAGAAGCGCCCGAGGUGGUGGUGAAGGCCAGCAGCGCAUCAGAGUCCACCGCACCUCUCGAGGAAAAGGCAAAAGCAACCGGUGCAAAACGUGGACGUCCCUCCAAAGCGGCAGUAGCAGCAGCGGCGGCGGCAGCGGCAGCAGCAGUCAAAUCAGAGACGGAAGAUACGAAGAGUCCUGAGGAUGACAGUCAAGCACCAGCAAUGGAGAAGAAACCUAAAGCGGAUGCUGCUCCUGCAGCUCGGCAGCACCCCUGUCCCGAAUGUGACCUCACAUUCCCUGCCUUGAUUCAGCUGCGCGCUCACAAGAAGGUGAAACACGCCCCCCGGAAAGCGCAUCCCUGUGAGGAAUGUGAAGAGAGCUUUGCCCGUCCUGAGCAGCUGGAAGCCCACAUGUCACGGUCUCAUGCCGUAGGACGACUGGCCUGUCCAACCUGUGGGAAGAGCUUUGGCCGUGAGCGCACCUUAAAGGCUCACCAGAAAAUCCACCCGGAGGAAAAGCCGGAAAACCCAAGUGCUAAGAGAUAGUUGAGCCUUGGGGAGCUUGCAUAAUAUGUAUUUUUUUUUUUUUUUCAAGAUGCUAGUAGGGAAUUUUCUUUUUUCUUUUAAACAUAGGAGAUCUGAACAUCUCGUGGUAGGUCAGACAUCGGAAUGGUUUUCAGAAUGACGUUUUAGCAAGUUUGUGAUUUGAAUUUAAGUUUGGAUUUUGAGCUGUCGAGAUUCUGGACACAUCACCUAAAUUGACAAACCAAAUGUUUUUAAAUCUAUCUAUUGCCAUCGUUGCCACAAACGAGUUUAUUUGUAAAAAACAAACAAAAGGAAAAAAAAGUGUUUUACCUCUUUCAAAUAGAUUUGAUUUUAAGCUUGAAAUGUGUGUGAUUUAAAUGUAUUACUUGGAGUUUAAUUUUAGACUAAUGGGCUCAUUUAUUUUUUAAAUUUCUUUAUUUCCUCUUGUUUUAUUCCAACACAAAUUAGGUACGCACCUAUUUUUAAUUAAAUGACAUGCCUAGUAGAGAUACUAUGUUUGAAUGUCCAUACAUUUUGUCAAAAGAAAUUUUAUGUACAGCUUUUGGUUCAUAUUGUGCUUUUUUGACACCGUUCCUUUCUAAUGGAAAGUUUCAAUGAGAAGGAAACAAAGACUUCUUUUGCUAAAAAAUUA